UGAUGGGCGCGCUGGAGUCCCGAGGGGUGCUGCGGCGAAUGAGCGACAUGCUGGAGAUGCUGAUGAAGAGGAUGGACAUCUUGGCCAGGCUGGAGAAUAGCACUGACUUCCACAAAGGGGAUGAAGCGCGAUUCCCUCUGGACAGGUCACCAGCAGCCGGGUUGAUGGAGAGGAUCCAAGCUAUAGCUCAAAACGUCUCCGACAUCGCAAUAAAAGUAGAUCAGAUUCUCCGGAACAGCCUCCUGAACGGGAAGGUGAUGGAAGGCAGGAGGGACCAGUGCGAGGUGCCCAGGGACCCCAAGUACCCUGAUUGCGCUGGGAAAGUGGAGUGGAUGAGGGCCAGGUGGACCUCUGACCCCUGCUAUGCGUUUUUUGGUGUGGACGGCACCGAGUGCUCAUUCCUCAUCUACCUCAGUGAAGUCGAGUGGUUCUGCCCUCCCUUGCCAUGGCGAAACCGGACGGCGGCUUUGCCUUCGCCCCCGCCGCUGCCCCGGGUGCAG